AACUUCAUCCUUCUCAGUUCUCUCCGUGGCUUCUGAAACUUUCUUCACCCUCGCCGUCCUCUCCUCUCGACUCCGUUGCUCGGUGCGUCUUCAUCUUCCGUGCUGAGCGUGCUACAAGCUGGUACUCGUGUGGUGUCCUUCCAUCAAGUCACAGCGAACAGGUAUCCCUUUCUACCUCUGGUUUUUGAGUCUCUUCACAAGCAUGCAUUUGGGUCUGAGGUUAACUUCUAAACAUUAUCCAUGAAGCUCUAUGAUGGAUUUAUGGAGAUAUUGAAGAUUCAAAAGUUCCGUAGAUUGGUAUCUUAUGUUGGGUUCUACAGCUUUGUCGCAGUUCUGAGUUAUGCUUAUACUGGCAAUACAACAAGGGCUGGUUAUUCCAGAGCUGAUCAAUUCUAUGCAUCUUAUCCAGCUGGAACUGAGCUUUUAACAGAUACUGCUAAGUUAUACAAAGCAGCCCUGGGCAAUUGCUUUGAAGCUGAGGAGUGGGGUCCAAUUGAGUUUUGUAUCAUGGCAAAACAUUUUGACCGUCAAGGAAAGUCACCAUAUGCAUACCAUGCACAAUAUAUGGCACACCUCCUCUCCCUUGGACAACUUGAUGGAAGUGGUUAGCUAGUAAGGUGGAUGUCUUGUUGACACAUGACAAAUUGGUAGCUAGCAAUUAAAUUCAACAGAGAGUAAGAUUCAAUUGCUUGAUGAGUUUUGUUAUACUUGGAAUGCUAGAACCUUAAUUUGAGCAAGUAAAAAGGGGGCAAAAAGAAAGAAAAAGAAGUGCUGUAAAUGCUACAUAUCUUAUUUUCCUUGUUAUGUUAACAAAUAUGUAGUUUUUAGUUUCUACUUUCGAAUAAUAUCUGUGGCCUAAAUAUUUUGAGAUCAUAUAAAUGCCUGUCUAAAGAUUGUUUGCCUUGGAAUGGUUAAA